AUGGGGAACUGCGCCUCCAAGUCCAACGCGGUGGUCGAAGUGGCGGCGCCGCCACCCCACCCGCAGGCUAGGAAGAUGACGCUGAUCGCGGUCCCGCUGGAUCAGCAGCAGAUUCCCGUGGACCUUGCCGGCAUCGACUCGGGCGGCCUCAAGGCGGCCAUGCAUCACCGCGGCCUGGAGACCGAGCAUUGGGCACUCAAGGUCGAUCCAGUCGCCGGGCAGAGCGCCUCGGCGCAGGUGUUUGACAUCAGCGUGGAGAGAGACGGGAUGGUGACGUCGAUCCAGGACAUCAACAGCCCCAUGUGGCGGGGCAUUUGCCGACGACAAGAGCUUGGUUGGACCUUGUGGAACGAUGCCGAGAUCCUCCACGCCACGAAAAUGCUCGUCAAGGCCAGGCCCAAGUACGACGGACGCAGCAACAAUCUGCAGCAGCUCGCGCGCAUCCUGGCAAAGCAUAUUCACUUCACGCCCUCGGCCGUCGCCGAGACCGCGUCGUCCGGGUCCGUGCAGAAGUUGUCGGCGCCGCCCUCGCAUUCCACCGAGCAGUCGCACACACGCCACGACAGCAUCGAGCUGUCGUCGGAGCGCCCGACGUCAGCGGUCCCUAUGAUGCCUGCAGCGGGUACCACGACCUCUUCGUCGCCUGCCGGCUCCAUCCGUCAGGGAAGCCAGGGCCGCUCGCGACUUUCGCACCUGCCGAGAUCAAGCUCGACUGCCGAAAUCAACGAGACAGUCGAGAGGCCCCCGCUCAACCGCGCCUCGCUCAGCGAGCAGCAGGCCCAGCGCCUGCAGGCUAAUCGCCGCAGCAGCGCAUUUGCGGGAUCGCCGCUCAAUCCCGAGAAGAAGCUCGGCGAUCGCGCGCGCACCCAGUCGGACAUUGCACAGUCUGACAAGCGCGCGUCCAGGCAUCCCCGCGAGCAAAGCCGCGAGGACCGCAGGCGCUCGACGCUUUCCCAGCCGCAGAUGCAGUCGCAACCGCAAUCGCAGUCGCAGUCGAGGCGCAAGAGUCAGAUUCCGGCUGAGUGGGCAGGCGAGGCGUACCGCGGCAGCGACUCCCAGGCCGGUGGCAGCGCCAAGAGGAUGAGCCGGCGGCAGUCGCAGAUGGAUUUCGUCGCUCCUCCGAUGCCCCACAGCGGCACCUGGAGCCCCGCAUUCGCGCCGCCGACACCGCCGAUGUUGGCGAUGCCGGUGAGCCCAUACGACUUGCCACCGCCAGGCAUGUCGCCCUACAUGGCAGGCUACACGGUCCCGAUGUCCGGAUCAAUGCACAGCCUCCAUGGACCCUACCAGCAGCAGCACCAGCAGCAACCGUCGCCGCACAUGGCAAUGGCCCGGCCCAUGUCCUUCUAUGGCCCUCCAACCACCAUGCCGUGGGGUAUGCCGCCUCCGCCGCCAAUGAUGAUGCUCAAUCCUCCGAGCCCCGGCGGCUACAACGCCAGCAUGAACUCGAGCAUGGUCCCCACGCCGCCCGAGAGCCCCCUGCCGCCUCUGGACCCAGCAGCGGGCAAGCAGCUGAAGGCACCUCCGGCCGACUACAAGCUGGGCCAGAGUAGGUCUUCGCCAACGCCGCACUCGAGGCAUGCCUCUGCACGCUGA